UUACAGAGGAUGCGUAGGCCUCGCCGCCACCGGUGGCUGACGGUCUCCGUAUUCUUCAUCGCGUACUCUGUGUUCCAAGCGGCGAUGACCUCGUCAACAGCAUCGGAACCAGCCAAUGACGCCAACCCUGAACCGUCGGAGAAAAAAACUACUCCCAUAGACAAGGAAUUAGAUAAAGCCUCUACAAAAGAAGAAAAAAUAUCAAAUGAGGGAACUGAUGAAAAAAAGGAACCAGCAAAAGAAGAAUCCAAAGCAGAUGAUAAAGACGAAGAGAAAGCGGAGAAUACGGAUAAUGGGGACAACGAGGAGUCUGCUGUAGAAGAAGAGGAAGAUGAAGAUGAUAAGAAGAAAAUGAAAGAUGCAGGCUAUAAAGAGACUGAAGAGACUGCCAAGAUUAGAGAGAAGGAGAGACAGGAAAAUUUACGACCAGCGGUCCCAACCCUCCAUCCACUUAGAGAUAACUGCACACCGCCAGCUAUUGAACAGUUUCCAAGACCUUUGAUGGGCCAAACCGCUCGCAGACACGGCGGGCUUAUCAUCCAUAUCUUGGUUGCCGUGUUCACGUUCAUCGGCCUUGCCAUAGUCUGCGAUGAGUACUUCGUGUCCAGCCUUGACAGGAUCUGUGAAGAACUGAAACUGGCGCCUGAUGUGGCCGGUGCUACGUUCAUGGCGGCCGGCAGCUCGGCACCAGAGUUGGCUACUGUUGUCAUCGGCGUGUUUUGUGCUCAAGAUGAUAUCGGCGUGUCCGGCGUAAUAGGUUCGGCGGUGUUCAACAUAAUGUUCGUGAUAUCGGUGUGCGCGCUGUGCGCCGGCACCGUGUCGCACCUCAACUGGUGGCCGCUUUGCAGGGACUGUUUCUUCUACGCCGUCUCCAUACUGGUCAUGCUGUGCACCAUUGCUAACGGAUAUGUGUCUUGGCCGGAAGCUCUAUUCAUGCUGAUAAUGUAUGGCGUGUACUGCAUCGCCUUGCGCUUCAACACAGCACUGGAGCAAUGGGCGAUGAAGCUGCCGUUGCCGUUCAAACUGCCGACAAGGGAGGAGCAGGCCGCAUUAGUUACUUACAAGAGCGCAGGUGCCCAGCCCCCAGCUAGUGCGCCAGGAGUCGAAGGCCAGUACACACAGAUGGAAGGACAGACCAAAGAAACACCAAUACAAAAUGCACCAUACCACCCAGAUGGCGCAUAUGACAACGCGGCGUACAACGCUGACCCUACCCAGGCCUGGGACCCGAAUGCUAUGUGGGACCCAAACAAUGCUUGGUCAGAGUCACAGCCGGCCGCCGCUCCUCCGUCAGCUGGGUGGAACACGGAAGGCUACGGAGCUCCGCAGCAGCCGGAACAGACGCAACAGCAAUCUGUGCAGUCGCCUACACAAGCACCGCAACCCCAACCAGCACCACAGCCCGUUCAGCCGGCAUACUACAAAGCGAAGGAAUACAAUCCUGAGACUGCCGUCGAUCCACUCGUCAAGCCAGUUGGUGCAAACAAUCUGCAACUGGCGUGCUGGUACGUGGCGUUCCCGAUCCACUGGUCGUGCCGUCACACGAUGCCCGACUGCCGCGGCCGCUGGUACCCCAUCACCUUCAUCAUCUCCAUGCUCUGGAUAUCCUUCUACUCGUACUUCAUGGUGUGGAUGAUUACGAUCAUUGGUUAUACCUUGGGAAUCCCGGAUACAGUAAUGGGUCUGACUUUCGUAGCAGCUGGCGUCUCCGUUCCAGAUGCACUCUCAUCGCUCGCAGUCAUCAAAGAAGGAUACGGCGAUAUGGCCGUGUCGAAUGCUGUGGGCUCGAACGUGUUCGACAUCCUGGUGUGCCUGGGGCUGCCCUGGUUCAUCCAAACCGCUAUCAUCCAGCCCGGCAGCCACGUCAAUGUCAUCAGCAAAGGCCUGAUCUACUCGACGCUGUCGCUGUUCUCGACGGUGGUGUUCCUCGUGGUGGCGACGCACGCCAACGGCUGGAAGCUGGACCGCAAGUAUGGGGCCGUGCUCAUGGUGUGGUAUUUGCUGUUCAUCACACUGGCCAGUUUGUAUGAACUUAACGUCUUCGGAGAUUUCAACAAGCCCGACUGCAUCUCCAUCUAUUAA